AGCAGAGAUUCCCCUCCAUUUAUGGGUCGUCAUCUGGUAAGCGGGGCCCGGCGAUUUUCCAACGCCAUUUUCCAGACUGUCCAGUCAUACAGUCCACAAAAUCGCCGCUUUUCCUGCCACCGCGGUGCUCUUUCUUCCCCUCAAUUAAAUCCCUGGCGCUCGUCUUUUUCCACCGCGACGCUUUAUCCGACUCCAGCUGCCGCCAUGACGUCCCCUGCCGACCUUGCUGUCUCCGUGGAGGGGCUCAGCAUUCAGUCCACCUCCGAGACCUCCAAGUUCCCCAACUGCUUCCCCUCCUUGAACCCCGUCGACAUCUACAGAGAGCACAUUGCUGAGAAGCUGUCCGAGGCCACCGGUAUUGAUGCUGAGAAAAUCUUCUCCCGUAUCGCAUGGACGAAUUCGUUGGACAAGGGUGACUUGGUGUUGCCGGUCCCCUCUCUUCAGAUUAAGAAGAACCCCCAGGAGCUGUGCAAGGAACUUGCCGAGAAGUUCCCCGAGUCCGACCUCAUCCUCCCCCCUGUGCCCUUCGGUGCCCACCUGCAGUUCUUCUUCAAGCCCGCAGGCAUCACCUCCACCGUCAUCAGCCGCAUUCUGAAGGAGAAGGCGGCUUUCGGUACCAACGGUAACCAGGGUCUCCGUGACCCCGCCGAUGCCUCCCAGGGUCGCAAGAAGAUCAUCGUCGAGUUCUCGUCGCCCAACAUCGCCAAGCCCUUCCAUGCUGGUCAUCUGCGGAGUACCAUCAUCGGAGGUUUCCUGGCCAACCUCUACACUGUCAUGGGAUGGGAUGUCAUCAAGAUGAACUACCUCGGUGACUGGGGUAAGCAGUACGGUCUGCUUGCCAACGGCUUCAAGAUGUUCGGAAGCGAGGAGGAGCUGACCAAGGACCCUAUCAACCACCUGUUCAACGUCUACGUCAAGAUCAACAACAUUGUUGCGCAGCAGGAUGGCCCCAUCAAGGAGCUCAAGGAGCAGAUCAAGACGAAGAAGGAGGCCGGUGAGGACGUUGCCGAGCUUGAGAAGGAGCUUGCCAAGCUCGUCGAUGUUAGUGAGGAUGAGAACGCCCGCCGUUACUUCAAGAGCAUGGAGGACGGAAACCAGGAUGCUCUUGCUCUCUGGCGCCGCUUCCGUGAGCUCAGUAUUGAGAAGUACAGGCAGACUUAUGCCCGCCUGAACAUCGACUUCGACGUCUACUCGGGCGAGUCUCAGAUCAAGCAGGAGAGCAUGACCUCCGCUUACGAGACCAUGGAGAAGGCCGGUGUGUCCGAGGAGUCCGAGGGCGCCGUCAUCGUCGACUUCACCAAGCACGGUGCCAAGAAGCUUGGAAAGGCCAUCAUCAUCCGCAAGGACGGCACUCCCCUCUACCUGACCCGUGAUAUCGGAGCCAUCCUGGAGCGUGAGGAGGCCUACAAGUUUGACAAGAUGAUCUACGUUGUUGCCGCACAGCAGGAUCUCCACUUGGCUCAGCUGUUCAAGAUCACUGAGCUCAUGGGCCACAAGGAGCUGGCCAAGCGCUGCCAGCACAUCAACUUCGGUAUGGUCCGCGGUAUGAGCACCCGUAAGGGUACUGUGAAGUUCUUGGAUGACAUCCUCGCGGAUGUCCGUGACAAGAUGCACGAGGUCAUGAAGAAGAACACCGAGAAGUACGAGCAGGUGGCCGACCCUGAGCGCACGGCCGACAUCCUGGGUAUGUCGUCCGUCAUGGUGCAGGACAUGACUGGCAAGCGUAUCAACGGCUACGACUUCAACCUGGAUGCCAUGACCUCGUUCGAGGGUGACACUGGUCCUUACCUGCAGUACGCCCACGCCCGUCUCUGCUCCAUUGUCCGCAAGUCCGGCCUCAAGGUUGAGGAGCUUGACACGGCCAACCUGGACCUGCUGACGGAGACCCACGCCACCGAUCUGGCUCGUCUGUUGGCCCAGUGGCCCGACGUGCUGCUCAACACGACCAAGACUCUGGAGCCGACCACCAUCUUGACCUACCUGUUCCGCAUGACCCACGUGCUGAGCUCGAGCUACGACGUGCUCAAGGUGGUGGGCAGUGAGCCGGAGACCAAGAAGGCCCGUAUGGCUCUGUACGAGUCGGCUCGCCAGGUGCUGCACAACGGUAUGCGCAUCUUGGGUCUCAGCCCUGUCAACCGCAUGUAAUGGAAGCGAAAUAAAAAUAAGUUCUGAUAGUUUAGACAAUACCAAGCAUUUCUUUAGCCUAG